CCGCCCUCGGCUGAUGAAAGCGCAGGCGGGGUUUGAGAAGAGUUUGGGUUUUAUUUUAGUCUGUGCUGUAACACGACUUCUGAUCAGCAUGCUUGCCCUCAGGAACACCGUUCUGCACAGCCUUAAAGCUGUCAAGUCUGACCAGGCACGGAGUUUCAGGCUGGGGAGGACAUCUUUAGGAUGUGUGAACCUGAAGGGACGCAGUUUCCUCACGCUGAAAGACUUCAACCCCGAUGAGAUCAAGCACAUCCUGUGGGUGUCUGCUGACCUAAAGCAUCGGAUCAAGCAUGAAGGACAGUAUCUUCCUCUCCUUCAAGGCAAAUCUAUUGCCAUGAUAUUCGAGAAGAGAAGCACUAGGACCCGCAUGUCCACUGAAACAGGGUUCGCUCUAUUGGGAGGACAUCCAUGUUUCCUUACCCCUCAGGAUAUUCACCUGGGUGUAAAUGAGAGCACAAAGGACACAGCCAGAGUGCUCUCGAGCUUCACUGAUAUUGUGUUAGCCCGGGUGUACAGUCACUCCACUUUGGAGCAGCUGGAUAAGGAAGCUUCUAUACCAAUUAUCAACGGCCUCUCUGAUCUUUACCAUCCUAUACAGAUACUAGCUGAUCUGCUCACUCUGCAGGAGCAUUACGGUUCUUUGAAGGGCCUGACCAUGUCUUGGAUAGGUGAUGGUAACAAUGUCCUCCACUCCUUCAUGAUGUCAUCGGCCAAAUUGGGAAUAAAUCUGAGAAUAGCUACGCCAAAGGGUUAUGCACCAGAUGCUAAUGUCACUCAGGAGGCGCUGCGUCUCUCUAAAGAGUUUGGGACAGAGCUGCACUUGUUUUCAGAGCCACUGGAGGCAGCUCAGGGCAGCAAUGUGCUGGUGACAGACACGUGGAUUAGCAUGGGCCAGGAAGAUGAAAAGAUGAAGAGGCUGAAGGACUUCCAUGGCUACAAGAUCACCAUGAAGACAGGAAGUGUAGCAGCGCAAGACUGGACUUUCUUGCACUGUCUCCCACGAAAGUCAGAAGAAGUGGACGACGAGGUUUUCUACUCGCCACGCUCACUGGUGUUUCCUGAGGCUGAAAACCGCAAAUGGACCAUUAUGGGGUUGAUCGCGUGUAUCCUGACCGACUACAGUCCUCAGAUCCCCAAACUGAAACUGUAGUGUUUCAGUACUGAACUUCAGUCCUUAAAUAGUUCAGGAUCUCUUCAUCUUUGUUCGUUAAUUCAUCUCCAGUAAUCACUUUAUUUAAAAAAGCUAAAAAAAUAAAUAAAUAAAAGACUGAAA